GAGACAUCGGGCUGUGCUGCAGCACCUCUGACCUGCAGCAUGUGCGCUGUGAGUGGAGCUGGGACCCCGCAGAACCCCCCAGCUCCCACCAGCUCUUCUACCGGGCACCUCCAAGUGGGACUGGCACAAGGGAAGAUGCAUGGCAGCAGUGUGAGGAGGUGAGCGUGGAGGCACUGGGCUCCCACACCUGCACCUUCCAGCCCAGGGCUGGCAGUGCCAUCUCCAUCCUUGUGAAUGUCACCCAGCCCCAUGCACUGUCCACACUCAGCUACUUCAAGGAGCCCUUCUGGCUGCACCAGGCUGUGCUCACAGAGGCCCCACAGAUUGUGCACGCAACAGUGUCACAAGGCCGGCUGAGCCUGCAGUGGCUGCCACCCCUGGAGGUGCUGGCAGAGCAGCUGGACUACCAGGUCCGCUAUGCUGUGGAGAACAGCUAUGACUGGAAGGUCCUGCAGGUCCCACGUGCAGCCAGGAAAGAAGUCCUGGACCUACGGCCAGGUGCCCGGUACCACGCCCAGGUGCGAGCCCAGCCCAGUGGGCCACGGUACCAGGGCAGCUGGAGCGCCUGGUCCAAGCCUGUCGUGGUUGAUGCCAUGGUCGACACGGGUAAGGGACGUGAAGGUGGCGGUGCUGCAAAGGGCUCAGCAGUGGAAGGUCUGGGGAGGCUACAGUCCCAGCGUUCCUCUGAUGCAGGCUGGAUCAUCCCCAGUGUUAUGGUGGUGCUGCUGCUCUUCACAGGAGUGCUCCUGGGGCUGCGGUGCACCUUCCCCUCCCUCUACAG